AUGCCGCCCAAGCCCACCCGCAGGGUGGGCGCCGGCGCCGCCGCCCGGAGCCAGCGCUCCAGCCCUGACAGCGGCUCCGCGCCGCCGCCGCCCGCCGCUCCCCGCCUCGAAAUUGGUGAAGCUGACUUCGUUGCCCUCUGCAAUGCUCUGAAAGUGUCGGAUAGUGUGAGGGAAAAAGCGUGGAAGACGUAUGAGAGCUUAUCGGUUGCGGAUGGAGCUCUGGCUUAUAACAAAAAGAAGAAAGAAACAUGGGGAGUCUGCAUCUUUAUUGCAGCAAUUGAUCUAGAUGAAAUGACAUUUACUUUCACAGAGCUUCUGAAAAGUAUAAGCAUAAGUGUGAGCACAUUUUUUCAGUUUCUGAAAGAGGUGGAUGUUAACAUGGAUACUGUAAGCACUAAAGUUGAUAGCACUGUAUCAAGGCUGAAAAAGAAAUAUGAUGUAUUACUUGCACUAUACCACAAGUUUGAAAGGACCUGUGGCCUUAUUUAUCUGGAACAACCUAGUAGUGAGAUUUCUACUGAACUCAAUUCUGUAUUAGUCCUAAAAAAUUGCUGGAUUACUUUUUUGCUGGCAAAAGGUAAAGUAUUGCAAAUGGAAGAUGACCUGGUGAUUUCUUUCCAGUUGUUGCUGUGUGUCUUAGAAUAUUUUAUCAAGCUGUCACCUACUGCUCUGCUGAAAGAACCAUACAAGUCUGCUGUGACUGCAGUGGCUGUUAAUGGUUCAGCUCGCACUCCAAGAAGAGGUCAGAACAGGAAUACACGUGCUUCAAAGCAAGUUGAUACUGAUACAAAAGUUAUUGAAGUCCUUUGUAAAGAGCAUGAUUGUAAUUUAGAUGAGGUCAAAAAUGUGUAUUUUACAAGCUUUCUUCCUUUCUUGAAUUCUAUUGGUAUUGCAGCUUCAAAUGGCCUACCAGAGGUUGAGGUUCUCUCUAAACAGUAUGAUGAGCUCUAUCUCAACAACAAAGAUAUAGAUGCAAGAUUAUUUCUGGAUCAUGAUGAAACUCUGCAGCCUGAUGUCACAAGGUACUCACAGUUGAAGAGAACACCAGUAAAAAAUAAUCCAGAUGAGGAAUUUAACCCUAUACUUCCACAGACUCCUGUUCGAGCUGCAAUGAAUAACAUUCAGCAGUUGAUGAUGAUCUUAAACUCAGCAACUGAUAAACCUUCGGAUACGCUCAUCAUGUAUUUCAAUAAUUGCACAGUGAACCCUACAGAUAGUAUCCUGAAAAGAGUGGAAAGUCUUGAGCACAUCUUCAAAAAGAAAUUUGCUGAAGCAGUUGGACCAGGAUGUGCUGAAAUUGGCUCACAGAGAUACAAGCUUGCAGUACGUCUGUAUUACAGAGUAAUGGAGUCUAUGCUAAAGUCGGAGGAGGAGCGUCUCUCAGUGCAUAAUUUCAGCAAACUUCUGAAUGAUAACAUCUUCCAUACAUCUCUUCUGGCAUGUGCUGUUGAGGUUGUCAUGGCUACAUAUGUCAGAAAUGCUUCACAAAGUGAUACUACCAGUGCUGAAACACACUUGUCUUUCCCAUGGAUUCUCAAUGUGUUUGAUUUAAAAGCUUUUGACUUCUACAAAGUGGUUGAAAGCUUUAUUAGAGCAGAGCCAAGCCUAACGAGGGAAAUGAUGAAGCAUUUAGAACGUUGUGAACAUCAAAUUAUGGAGUCUCUUGCCUGGCAAUCUGGGUCCCCUCUGUUUGAUCUCAUCAAGCAGUCAAAAGAACGAGAAGGCCAAACUGAUCAGCCUGAGCCCACUUCCACUUUCAAUAUGCCUUUCCAGCAUAAUCACACUGCAGCAGAUCUCUAUCUUUCUCCUGUGAGAUCUCCUAAGAAGAAAGCAUCUGGACCUUCUCCAAGUGCUACUUCUUCUCCAGAUGCUCAGCCAGCUGCAAACUCCCAAACACAGAAGCCACAGAAGUCUACCUCCCUUUCUCUGUUCUACAAAAAAGUGUAUCUACUGGCCUAUCUUCGACUGCGCACCCUGUUCUCUCGGCUUCUCUCUGAACAUCCUGACCUAGAACCCUUGAUCUGGACCCUCUUCCAGCACACAUUGCAAAAUGAGUAUGAACUUAUGAAAGACAGGCACUUGGACCAGAUAAUGAUGUGUUCCAUGUAUGGCAUAUGCAAAGUAAAGAAUGUAGAUCUUAGAUUUAAAAUAAUAGUUUCAGCAUACAAGGAGCUUCCCAACACAAAUCAAGAGACUUUCAAACGUGUUCUUAUCAGGGAAGAGCAGUAUGACUCCAUUAUAGUCUUCUACAACUUAGUGUUUAUGCAGAAGCUGAAGACAAACAUUUUGCAGUAUGCCUCCAACAGGCCUCCCACUCUGUCACCUAUCCCACACAUGCCUUGCAGCCCUUACCAGUUUUCCAACUCUCCUCGGCGAGUCCCUGCCGGCAACAACAUCUACAUCUCACCCUUGAAAAGUCCGUACAAGUUCUCUGAUGGCUUUCAGUCACCCACAAAGAUGACUCCAAGAUCUAGGAUUUUGGUGUCUAUCGGUGAAUCGUUUGGGACUUCUGAUAAGUUUCAAAAAAUAAACCAGAUGCUGUGCAACAGUGACUGCCAGCUGAAACGCAGUGCAGAAGUAAGCACUGCUCCUAAGCCACUGAAGAGGCUGCGCUUCGAUAUAGAAGGGCAGGAUGAAGCAGAUGGGAGCAAACACCUACCCCAGGAGUCCAAGUUCCAACAAAAGCUUGCAGAAAUGACAUCUACUCGAACAAGAAUGCAAAAGCAGAAACUGAAUGAUGGAAAUGAUACCUCAGCCAGUGAAGACAAGUGAGAUUCUUCUCAGGACCAGGGGCUGCACUGCAGGCCCUUUUAGAUUGUUUUUUGUUUUGCAGCCUUCAUUAACUGAGUUGCUUUUUAGUUGCUUUUCUUUUCCAAAUACUACUAGAUGAAAGCAUUUGGACUUUUAAAGUUUUUCAUGAUACUUUGCCUUAUGAUGUAGCAUAUAUACAAAGUAAGCCACUGAAUUUAAUUUAUAUAUAUUUUUUGAGGAAAUUAAAAACAGA